AUGGAAGAGAAAGUGCCUGGUUGUGAUGACCACUGCCGUAUAAAGGUUGGUUAAGUUGUACUUUUGACCUUUUCGGCUUUUAGAUUUUGGUGAAACAGCUGGGAAGGAAGGAUAAAAUUUUGUUCAACAGCGUUUUGACCCGAUUAAGCCGCAUCACCACAAUUGAUGGUAUGAAUUUCAACCUGUUUCUUUUUUAAGCCACGAAAUUUGUUCUUGAUAAUUUCUGCAUCUAAUACUUUACUUUUCCUCAUCUUUUCUUCAAUUUUAUCUCAUGGACAAUACAAAUUUUUUAGUGGAGAACACUGGGCGAUACAUUAGGCCGGUUUUUGUGACGCAAGCUAAUUCGGAAGCCGAUUUCGCUAUUCUACAACCUCAUAGGAAGAUUUUUGGGCUUAUAGCCGUGAUAUCCCUGAAUAAUAUUCGAGAUGAUGCUGAUAGCCUAGCUGUGCUAGGAUCAGCAAGGGUAAACUUUGAUCAGUUGAAGAAUGACAUCAACGAGGAUUUGGUCAGCUCCAGAUGUGUUUCGUUUGGGAGGUCGAAGAAUGUAAGGGAUUUUUAUUUUUAUUUAUUUUUUUUGAGGUUUAGAUGACUAAAACAAUAUAGAGAUUUGUUUUUUCCAGAUAGAGCAACUCUUUCCUUCCUCCGAACUUCAUGCUCAUGACAGUCUGGAGGAGUCAGCAAGCCUUGAAGACCAAAUUCGGGACUUUCUUAGGACGAUUUACUACGUUUUGGAGAGUCGACGGAUUGAUAUCAAUUUCGAAAAACCCGAUACCUCAGUAAAUUGCCCAGCCCUGCGGCAAGAAGAGCGGUACAUUACGGGGCUGGAGGAUAAAACCUCGAAAACCUAUCGAAAGAAAUGCCUCGGAAGGUUGCGAAAACAAUGUGCGGAUUAUGCACUUCUGACUGGUCAAUUUCGAGGUGCUCUGGAGGGAUAUCAGAAUGCUAUAGAUCCGCUUAAAUCCGCUGGAGAUCUUCUGUGGCUUGCAGGUGAGUGUUUUGCUUUUUUUGAUUGGUUUUUAGACGCGAAUAAUCACGAUUGGAUAUUGUUUUAUGGAGUGGAGGCCUAAAGUAAUGUCUUUAAAAUCUAGUUAGGGCCUUAGACGCGUAGUAGUCGCAGUCUUAGUGACCCAAUUUUUCAUAUGCACCUUUCCUAAUCUUAUCGUCCAGAAUUUAGCUGCGUACGAAGGCUGGGCGGUCGCCGCAUUAGCUGCUCGCUUCUCCGGUAAAAUCGACGAAGAGCGCUCUCAAAUCCAACGAACGGUCUCAAUGCAGCCGGAGGAAAUGAAACGAAGUGCCGACGAGGCUGAUCGACUCAAGUAAGCGUUUAUUUACACGGUUUUUUUUUGAAGUAUUUAUAUCUUUCAGUUUACUGAUACUGAUCUCUUCAAUUUUAGUGUCGUUCUCGGCCAUCAACGCCAUCGUUCGGAUGAGACGAGUGUCCUCCAGGGCUCCCGAUCCGACCUCUCCAAUCUGAGUGUCUCCUCGUCUUCUACCAACUCCCUCAGUAAUAAGAAAACGUUCAAAAAAGCGUUGGCGAUGUUGAGCCUGGAAAGGAGCAUCGAUCCCAAAGAAAUCGACCUCAAAGAUAUUAUCGAACGCUUCAAGUCCGCACUGAAGAACUACGAACGAUAUUCGUUUAUCGCCUUUGUGGAAUUCGAAUGCGUUAUACGAGUGGUGAAUGUAUAUAAAAUGCAGAGGCUAUAUAUCGACACGGAGGUGAGAAAUGGUUUUUUUUAAGUCUGUUUGGCGAAAUUUCUGAGGGGUUUGAUCCAAAAGUUUCUGUGUAUACCGUAUUUUACCUACAUUUGAAGUUGGAGAGAGGUUGAGAGAAUUUUUUUUGUUUGCAUCAGUUUUUUAUAUUCUCCAUGAGGGCAGUGUUGAAAUUUUCAAAAAUUUUUCGAAAAUUUAUAUUUUUUGCUGUGAUUUAGUCUCGCAUUUUAGGUAUUCCUCCGAGACAGAGUUGGGAAGUACCUCGCGGACACGUUUACAUUGUUUUCGAACCAAGUGAAAUCCCAGAUUUGCAUGAUUUGCGCGGCAAUCUACAAAUCGAUGGGAUUCCGAAGGAAAAAUGCGUUCUUCUCGAGACUCGCGGUCUUAUUUCGACUUCACGUUGAUGACGAUGAAUACCGAUCCGAAGCGGAUUACAAAAUUGUAUAUCCAGUGCUAUACUCGUCCCUUCGGGGGUAUGGAGUGGACGAUUCGGUAAGAGGGAAUAGAAGAUUAGGACAUGUCAGUGUACAAGUCAAGGCCCUCCAUGAAGUAUUUAUGAGUGCACAACGCGCAGGACUUACGGAAGCCGCUGUCAGGCAUCUCUGUUAUAUUUUACAGGUAACUUUUUUGAGUUAAAAUUUUUUGUUGGAUUUUUGAGCUUUUGGAAGAGUUUGGAAAAAUAAAUGAUUUUAGACCUACUUUUAUCACAUUGAUAACACCGUCAAGCUGCAACUGGUCAGCGAAUUGAAACGUCUAGUCCACACACACAAAACCAAAAUCUCUUUGGCUCAACCAAUUGCCCUAGAACAAUGUUCUUUGAUAUUGCCCCCGCUUCAGAUGACCAAAAUACCUGUGCUAACGUAAGAAGGGGAUAUUUGGAGGUGGGGUUUUAAAAAAAAUCCUAAUUUUUAUUUUUUGGGGGGCUUUGAUUUUUUUGCUGACAGGGGAAGUACCCCAAGUGCGACGGUUUUCUUUAGAUUUUGCACACACUUCGGGCAUAGACUAGAAAGCAAUUCCUCAAAGUUGUAGCUCGCGCUUUGAAGGCGAAGUCGAGAUAUUCAACGAUCUUUGCGGCCGAGAGAGUACGCGAAACGCGGAGAGCGGUCAGAGAGAAAAGCAUUUUUUGGCCAUAACUUUGCUAGUUUCGUGCGGAAAAAAUUAGUUUUUUGUGGAAACAUUAAACUUUACGGUAGAAAUAGGGAUGCAACUUUUGGUGCCGAAAUUCGAGGAAAAGUCUAAAAUUUUCGUUGCCUUUCGACCGAAAAAUAUCCAUGUUUUCUGCAAAGCGCCGGCUAGGAUUCUCGCAUAUAUUUUAGAAAAAAAUAUUCUAAAUUUGUGAGUACUUUUCCUGUAAAUUGAAAAAACUGACCUUUGUUUUAGCGAGUUCAAAAUCCAACCUCUUGCCCCCAACCUUGCCCCCACAAUUUCUAAUCCAGCCGAUGCCGAAGGACGCAUCUUUAUUUAUUCGCCAUUCCAAGACAAAACGGUCGUAAAAGGUAAGAUUUUCUUAAUUUUUACGUCGCUUUUUGAUUUAUUAUAGAUAAGUUUAAUAGCGUAAGGUCUUAAAAGAAUUUUAAGUAGGUAUUUUGAUUGUCAAAGAUAAUGUCGAGAUUAAUUUCUGACCUUAUUUUAGAUAUAGUAUGGGUUGUGAAUACCGCUUGCCAGGUCUCAGCCAAAGUUCUAAACUUGCUCCCGAUGGACUUGGUAGUCGAGAAUAUGAUCGUACACACCGAUGGAGCAAGCUUUGAUCCAGUUCCGGUACAAUUAAACCUGUCUGCGACCGAAGAUAACCAACCUCCAGCUGAGACAACUGUAGCUCUUCUUGGAAUACCCAGAACUCCCGGAUGGAUGACCUUAACUGGUUACAGUUGCCGGGUAUUCGAUGUGGAGAAUGUAUGCUCUCUAAACGAUCUUCCAGAAACUCCGCCAGUCAAGGUUAGAGUCCUGCCGCAUCUACCGAGACUUCAAGUGGAUGUGGAUCUGAAAAGAGCCCCCAUCUUGGAGGAAAUGGUCGGAAUCGCUGAAGCAACCGUGUUUUCAGGCCAAACGUGAGUUGCUUGAAACGUUUUGCGGAGGCUGGGUUUGAAAGAAAAUUUUUAUUAUAUUACUUUAGGUAGGAUUAAGUGGAAAUUGGGGAAGAUUAAGUAAUUUUCGUCUUGUUUUUGUACGAAUUGAUGUUUUUAGGGCAAGAAGGAAUUGAUUAAAUGGUUUAAAAGAAUUUGGGCUAAGCUUUAUAAAAAAAAUAAUAUUAUUUUAGGCAAAAAUUAGCAAAAUACGACUGUCAAGUCUUCAAAAAAAUUUUUUUUUCAGAUUUUUCCACACAAUAAAGCUCCGGAACGUCGACCAGUCGAUUGGAAUCAGGACGGUACGAAUCCGAAUCGACCAACCGAAAGUCUACGGAGGCCCGCCAUUACUGGAAUUUGUGGAUUUGGAAGAGAAGAAUGAGGAAAAACAAAACAAUUUAGUGAUUUUGGAUGGGCUUGGCCCUGGUGAAGAAAGGCAAUUGAAUUUCAAAAUUUUUGGAAUUGAUCCAAGCGCCUCAACGUCCGAAAAUAACCCCUUGAAUGAGGUAAAUUUUUGAAAAUUUUUAAAAAAUAGUUGAUUUUUGUAAAAUUUUGAAUGUUUUUUUUUAGGUAUUCGUAAAGAAAGGAAAGCCCCAAGUUCAAUUGAAUAACAAUUCUGCCCAUAAUGAUAAGCAAUCCUCGGAGGAAUCCACCAAAUCAUCACCAGUUUUGAUAAAACAAGAGACGAUCGAAGAAGAAGAUGCAAAAGAAGAACAUAAAUUGAUAAAAGAACCAAAGAAAACAAAAUCGGAAGGAUCGGUGGCUGAGCUGAACAAAGGCCAUCACGAUUUGAUACCGUAUAUUGGGGUAAGCAGAGAUUUUUUAUAAUUUUUAUAUUGUAGUAGGUGGAAAGGUUUGAUUUUUUUUUGAUUUUUUUGUCAAAUUUUAAGUUUAAAGUGGGAAGUCUGGAUCCUUAAUGGUGAAAUUGAGACUUUCAAUAUACUUUAUACUUACAUCAUACACAAAAGAAGAACAAAUUUUAUUGAUUAUCACGGUCUUUUUUCGGCUUUGAAGAUGUUUUUUCUACCUCAUUGGCAAAUUUUCCCUUAUUUUUUAAAAAUUUCAGCGUCUCCUAACUGCUGAGUUCAUUUUCGAAUAUGUGGCUGAUAUCGAGACGGAGUCGGGAGAAAUCUUCGAACGCCAAGAGACCCUAAAGUUGGCCAUUACGAUCGUCCCGGCCAUCACCGUCUCCCAUUGGCAAGUUUUGGCCGGCGACUCCCCAACCAAUAGAUUUGUGGUGGUCGAUGUGACGAAUACCACGGAACUAGAUGCGGAAUUGGAAUUUGGGACGGACGGAAGGAUGAUUUCGGUUCAGCCAAAGGAAGCUUGCAGGUAGGAAGGGUUUCUUUGAUUUUUUAGUGAAAAAUCUACCUAAAAUAAGGCGUUUUUGAUGUUUUUUCGCUUUUUUGAUGUCAAUUGCAAGUCGGAUUAAGUUUUCUAGGCCCAUUAAGGUAUUUCACAGACUGCAAAAGAGUAUUUACAAUUCUUUGACCUAUAAUUUUCCCUUCAGAGUACCUUUACUUUGUCCAUGUUCCAAUCUGAUUCACACCUCGGAUUUUCAUCGCGCCGCUCAACGCGCUUCGCAUAUGAUGCAAAUGCAAGAAAUGGAGGCUCUCCGGCGACGAUUGGAAACCCAUUUCUCACAACAUCUGGAAAUCCGUUGGAGAAUCAAGGCUCUAGGAUUAGAUGGACUAGUACCAGUUGGACCACUACUUUCGUCUGUUGGAUUCUUAAAACAACUGGUUGUGCCGGUGAUUUCAAUAGGUAGGGUUAAAUAUUUGAGUGGGUUGGGGCCCUCUAAAUGCUAGAGGAAAAUUCGAAUUUCGAAAAUUUGAAAUUCCCGCUGUUUUUGGCAUUGUGUUUUAAGGGUUGGAUUUGAUUCUAAAUUACUCAAAAUGACUUACAAGUCAAAAUAUAGAAGUUGGGAUGGUAAUUUUUGAGUUUUAUUGUGAUUGCCAGCUGCUUUGAGGCUUUAUAUUAUUCAAUAUGAUUAAAAAAUUUUGGUAUUUUUUUGCCUUUUUUAAGCUCAAAAUGCUUUUAGUGGUCCGAGUAAAUGGAAACCAAUACCUCAGCGAAGACGAUUUGCCCGUCCUGGUUGGCCAAAUGCAGAAUUUGGAGAUCGAGUUGGUCAGCUCAACCAAGGGUAAGAUCGGGGGUUUGUAAGGGAUUUGAAAGAUUUGUUGGGCCUGAAUUGUGGUUUUGGUAAAAUGCCAUGCGAUUUUUGUGAUUUCUAAAGGUUUUUUGUUGUGUUAAAAUACGAAUUUUUAUGUUAAAAUACGAUGGGAGAAAAUUUGUUAUCUAACAAGGGAUCGGCAAAUAGUUGUAACCUGCUUUCUUAACGAAACCUAUAUCAUUUGAAAGAGGCUUAAAAAUAGUUCACAGCGCAAAAAGAAUUAGCUGCCUAAAUUCACUUUGGACAAAGUUAUGGCCAAAAUACAGAUUUUAGCCUAAUUUCCGCCUCGCUUUAUAAGCUCUCGGAAUGGCAACAGAGUUGUGUCCAGUUGGCCGAGUGGUAGUGAGCCCACCUCCGGCUCAGCGAGUCCUGGUUUCGAAUCCGGCCUCUAUAAAUAUUUUGCGUUUCGUCUCUUAUAUGCCACAAAACCAUGGUAUGUUGACAUUUUUUAAUAAUUUUUGUUCCUCCGCAGACAAAAUCCAUGGUUACGCAAUUUUUCUGAGAUUUUGAAUUUUUUUUGAAACGACCACAAAUUUGAUGGUGAUGAGAGUGGGUAUGUCACUAUCGUAUAAUCAACAAGGGUGUUGUGCCAGUAACCUGACCGCUUAUGAUUACUGGAGGAUUAUUCAAUUUAGAAGGGCCUAUAAAUAUACAUUUUUUCGAAAAAAUACGAAGAUAAAAUUGUAAAAUCGGCCAAAGACACUAUUGCUGACACAGUGGACCAACCAUUGGUAAGGCUAGGACAUAAGAAAUUUUCGAUUUUGAAAUUUUCGUUUGUGAAUGACCACGACGAUCAUAUAAAUGUAUUUCCAAAGCUUUUUGCUCCAAUUUUCCCUUUAACCUAGUUUUAUUUACAAUUUACUGUAACUAGCAGUAAUGUCUAAUAACAUAUAACCGAGGAUUGGUAAAGCCAUAAAACGACCGUGAUAGACGUUUUUGGAUACCAGGAAAUUAAUAAAGACGAUUUCAAACCGCCAGGAUUACUGUAAUAUAAGGAACCGGCGUUUUGGACGCAUAUAACCCCUUUCAAAAAGCGGUCGUAUCUAUGCCCUAAGGUAAUUUAGGCAGCUAAUUUUUUUUGCGCUGUGCACUAUUUUUAAUGCUCUUUCAAACGGUAUAUGUUUCGUUAAGAAAGCAGGGUGCAACUAUUUGCCGAUCCCUUGUAAAACAUAAAAAAAUUAAUUUUUUGUGAAAAUUUUUGAAAAUUUGUCGAGUUUUGAGAUUAUAAUAUGUAAAUUGCAGUCCCUCUGAACUUCCACGGCUAUCUCCAGCUCCUCUGCAUUCAAGAUAUUCAAAACGCCGCCGAAAUUAUCGACCGAACCGACUUUUUGGUGGUGUGUGGAGUCCGAAAACAGCCAUUUUCCCUCAAAAUAACGGAUUUGGAACUGGAUAAGGCCUUCAAAACCCGAUUUUCGUUUCUUUUCCGCUCCGAAGGCGUGUUCAAAAUACGGCCGCAGAUCGAAGUGGGCCCGGGAUUGGAACACUUCAUGGAAGAAUUGAUCGUCCCCACUGUGUCUUUUAAUGUAAAGUCAAGGAAAUAG